CACAUAGACUGUUUAUUUACCUGCUAUUGCACCUUUAGUUCACAAAGGAACAGUAUGAACUAAUGUCUUCUUCAUCUCUUCCAUCUCAAGGUAACCAUGGAGGGGCAGCAGCUCCUGACUGACAAGGCCAAGCCAUCGGUUCCUUCCCAUGAGCCUCUUGGUUCUGUAGCUCUGAUGAGUGGCGACACAGCAGAUAUUCUCUCAGAGAAACAGGCCCAACCUGAGAUCAGGUCAGAUGAGAAGCUCCAGGUGGAGUUCCUCAGCCAGACCCAGGUGGAGAUUCCACAAGAGGUCAGGGAGGUCAUGGACAGCCUGCUGGACAAGGUGGCAGAUGGAGAAGCCCAGGAGAAGAAUGCUGAGGUCCUCGUGGCAAACCUGAACCCCUAUCCUCCCUCAUCCUCAGAAGUUUAUGUCAUACGGGACCUGGACAGCCAGGUAGACAAGGCAAAGGAGGUUGAGGCCCUUGACCUUAGCACAUGUCCCAUACUCCAAACGGCCCUCACAGACACUGACACCGUGAUGAAGACUGCAUACAAGAUCAUGCCGAAGAAGAUUGUGGUACUUGUUUCCACCAUCAAGCAUAUCAUCACCCAGGUGCUUCUUCAAGUAGAUCCCCAAGCCUUUCAGGGGGGAGUGUAUUUGGAGACACCUGCUAUCAUCAACGACACCCAAGCUCUUCUGUGGUCUAUUCCCUGGGUCGAGGUCACUGAGGAGGAGGAGCUGUUGAACGGUCAGCAGUCCACUGAUGCUUAUGAGGUGGCUAAGACUGUCAUCAACAACCUUGAGCAAGUGCUAGGCCCAAAACCUGUGCUGGCGAGAGCACUGGGAAUCGGGUCACACAUCUUGACAAGGUACAUUGUUCAUCUCGUAGGUCUAUGCAUUGCUAAGACAGUGCCCGUUGUUUAUGCUGCCAAUGAAGAGGAGAGACGUAUUAGUCAGGAUAUGGUGAACAUCUGUCCUCUACCUGCUAGAUUGAUCAUUAGUGGAGAACUAUUCAGUGACUUCAUAGUGAAGUUUAUUCUAAAACUUCAUCCAAUGAACGGACGCGGUACUAAACAGCUUGACCAACAGGCUCUGCUCUUACUGGUCGUUAAAAUGGCCUCGGUUGCUUUUAACAUCUUGAGGAAGAUUCCAGGUAUAUCUGUGGAUGAAAAUCUGUGCCCCCCCUUAUGCAACAUGAGAAAGACAGUGUUGCACAUGCAGAGUGCCAUGAUACAUCAGUUUGGCACGACAAUCAAGAUAAAAAAACUGGUUGCCAUGAAGGACACGGUGAUCAUCUCCACCAUCCCCAGCGCUAUCUGUGAGGGGAUCCUGAUGGUGUACAAGGGCAUCAGUGAUACCUAUCCGCUUCAAGUCCUCGGCCCACGGUGUCCAAUAGCUAGGAGCUGCGAAGAGGCUAUGGAGAGCAAACUCUUUGCAGUAGCCCUACCCGAGGACCUUAGGAAGACCAUCUACGAUCACUACGGGUCCUGGGUCGGGAAACUGGCACUGUUCCUGAAGGCUUUCCCCCUGAAUGACCGCAUCAAGUUGGAAUACAUCCGUCGUGUUUCUCUGCCUCGUUCCUCCAACAGAGAUGUAGUCUGGAUCGACCCCAAAUACUUUGUUGGGGACGACGAUGAAGAGGUUGUGACAUCAAGCAACACAAUGCCUGAUAAUCCUCUUGCUCUCGACGUCAGUCAGGCUGCCUUUUUGAAGCAGUUCCCACAGACUGAUGUUUUCGAGGUAACCACAAAGGACUGUGGAAAGCCUGUGCAAGAACUGGCUCGGACGGAGACCGAGAGGAACAAACCAAAGAUGACAAACCUUGAUAUUGUUCCUGUUAUUCUUGUCAGGAAAGUCUUUGACUCUGUUUUUGCAGAUUCAUGUACAAUCAAGCAGCAAUACGGUUCAUGGGAAGACGUCUCACUUUGCAAUGAUAUGGUAGAGCACCUACAUAUCCAGGUUCAGAAAGAGGCAUUGAAAUACCAAAACCAAAGACUGUUCUUACACACUCUGAGGAAGCUCAACGAUGAGACGGACAAGAUGGCCAAAUUCUUAGAAGACGUCUCAUUCUCUAUCAAGAGCAAGUACUUCAGGACUUUCCAUGACUGGCCAAUGGUUAAAGCCCAGCUAUACCCAGAAAUACAGUCUCUGCUAGUCUGCGAUAUCAUGGUCAGAGAGAUCAUGGCUCACCUGAGGCCUACCUUGACCUUCGCCAAGGACACCAAGAAGGGUGAUGACCGGCCAUACUGCAUCAACAUCCCGGUCAAGAGAGAGACCAGAACCCCGGAUGAUACAGACAAGACCAAGCUGGAGCUUUGCAUUGAGAAAGCCAGCGCUGACAGAAUGAAGAAGCUCCUCACCCCACUUGAGAAGGAACCCGAACCCUUCUGGAAGACGGGAUCGAUGGCAAUGAUGAAGGAGGAAAAUAAUAAAAAGAAGAAGGUGAAGAAGAGGGGUUGCGGCUGGUUCUGGGGUGGGUUUGGCCGUAAGAGAAAAACAGCGAAAGAAUUCCCACAGACUGUUGUUUUCGAGUCAACCACAAAGGACUGUGGAAAGCCUGUGCAAGAACAGACUCAGACGGAGACUGAGAGGAACAAACCAAAGGUGACAAACCUUGAUAUUGUUCCUGUUAUUCUUGUCAGGAAAGCCUUUGACUCUGUCUUCCCAGUUUCAUGUACAAUCAAGCAGCAAUACGGUUCAUGGGAAGAUGUUCCACUUUGCAAUGUUAUGGUAGAGCACAUACAUAUCCAGGUUCAGAAAGAGGCAUUGAAAUACCAAAACCAAAGACUGUUCUUACGCACUCUGAGGAAGCUCAACGAUGAGCCGGACAAGAUGGCCAAAUUCUUAGAAGACGUCUCACUCUCUAUCAGGAGCAAUUACCUCAGGACUUUCCAUGAGUGGCCAAUGGUUAAAGCCCAGCUAUACCCAGAAAUACAGCCUCUGCUGGUCUGCGAUAUCAUGGUCAGGGAGAUCAUGGUUCACCUGAGGCCUACCGUGACCUUCGCCAAGGACACCAAGAAGGGUGAUGACCGGCCAUACUGCAUCAACAUCCCGGUCAAGAGAGAGACCAGAACCCCGGAUGAUACAGAAAAGACCAAGCUGGAGCUUUGCAUUGAGAAAGCCAGCGCUGACAUAAUGAAGGAACUCCUCACCCCACUUGAGAAGGAACCCGAACCCUUCUGGAAGACGGGAUGGAUGGCAAUGAUGGAGGAGGAAAAUAAUAAAAAGAAGAAGAAGAAGGGUUGCGGCUGGUUCUCGGGUUUGUUUGGCCGUAAGAGGAAAAACAGCGAAAGAAGUGUGGAUGGAGGAUUGUCGCAGGCGCGGAUACUAGAAAUCACAUCCACACAAACCAAGCGUAUGGACACACACACAUUUACACAGAGACAGAUAUAACAACAAGGCCUACCUCAGAUCCCAAACAGACAACAUAUGUUGCCUGUCUAAUAGUAUGUCUUAUUUUCCAUUUUGGGAUACAGGAUGUUUAUUUAUAUUUUACCAGAGGCUAUGUUUUGGCACCAAACAAUUAUCUCUGUGAACUUUUAUUUGAAAAAUAAACACUUUAUUUGAAGUAUUUUGCGUGACUUUGU